GGGUGGAGGGACAUGAAGCACAGAUGAAGUGGACAGUACAAAGUGUUCUGAAGAAAACUUCAGCAGCUGGGCGGAAAGGAGUGAGUGCAUUCCGAAUUUACACAAAAAAUUCUGCUAUUAAAAGUGAAUAGGGUAAACUUCUGAUGCGGAAGAAAAUCUCAGUCAGCAUCAAUCAAUCAACCGUCCGUGUUGGAAAGCUGCUCAUUGAUGGGUAAAGUUCUGGUGUGAAGACAACGGGGAGUCUGGUUUUCCUUGCAGAUUGCAGAUGUUCGCCGUGUGUUCCUAACUUUAAAAAAUGCCGUGAUCGGAAAGUGAAGGCGGGCGUUGCACGUCGGUCUCAGUUGAUUUUCAUGGGAUCGAAUGUUUUCUCUUAACCGAAUCAGAUAUGACGCGAAUGUUUUAACCAGUGCUGUAUGCUUCAGCUUUUCCGUCCUUGAAUGACAGGUUAGAAGGUUGCAGAGAGCUCUGUACUUGUGGCGUGACGAGAUUGACUGAUAUGGAAAAAUCCCCGUGGAAUAACGGAACAUCCCAUUGGGUAUUUCCGGUGACGGAUUGAGCGUCUGGCGACGGCGGAUUGAAACUACAGAAGAGCAAGAGAGGGGGAGAGUGAGAGAAGACGAGAGCAGAGUGGGGGCGGAGGGAACAUGAGUGGAACUUAACUAGGCUGCAGCUACACAAACUUCUCAGCAAAUGUUAACCCGCUAACCCUUGCACCCCUCUCCGAACAGACAAAUCGACAAGGCAGACUGUAGUUUUGCCCCCUUCAGUAUAUUUGUUUCUAGUUUUGGAACGCUGGAAGUUUCUGAUUUGAAAUCUAUCGCCUCCAGAAGCCAGAUGUCAGCCAACAGCAGCAACUCAUCUCCUCCCGUGUCGCAGAGAUUAUUACCGCCGGUGUUACCGCUGCCCACCUCAUCGCCGACCCCAUCGCUGUCUCCGCCCGCUAGCGGUGUGCUCUCUGGCCGGCUUUCCAACGGGAGCCUCAGCGCCCCGAGUCCCACCAAUUCCCGGGGAUCCUUUAACGGCGUGUCCUUCCUCCUGCAGAUCGGCCUCACCCGGGAACCAGUUACCAUCGAGGCUCAGGAUAUUUCCCUCUCUGCCGUCAAAGACCUUGUCUGCUCUAUCGUGGAUCAAAAGUUCCCAGAAUGUGGCUUUUUUGGAAUGUAUGACAAGAUCUUACUCUUUCGCCAUGACCUCAGUUCUGAAAACAUCCUACAGAGGUUGAUAUCAGCAGAAGAAAUUCAUGAAGGUGACUUGAUUGAGGUUGUCCUUUCUGCACUAGCUACUGUUGAAGAUUUCCAAAUCCGACCACACGCUCUUUAUGUGCACUCUUACAAAGCCCCAACUUUCUGUGACUACUGCGGAGAAAUGUUAUGGGGAUUAGUACGUCAGGGGUUGAAAUGUGAAGGAUGUGGGCUGAACUAUCACAAACGAUGUGCCUUCAAAAUCCCAAAUAACUGCAGUGGAGUGAGGAAAAGGCGUCUGUCCAAUGUCUCUCUGCCAGGGCUCUCUGUUCCAAGGCCUGCACCAUCGGAUUCUGUCUCGGAGGAGGGGCUGCAUUCAGGGAUGCAACCAAGAGGAGAUGAAAUUCGUUUAAUCAAGCGUUGCCACCAAGAAACCAGCAAAAGAAUUCCCUCCUGGAGUGGACGCCCAAUUUGGAUGGAAAAAAUGGUGUUGGGGAGGGUGAAAGUACCACAUACGUUUGUCAUACAUUCUUAUACACGUCCCACUAUUUGUCAGUAUUGCAAGCGGUUAUUAAAAGGACUGUUUCGGCAAGGAAUGCAAUGUAGGGACUGCAAGUUUAAUUGCCACAAGCGAUGUGCAUCAAAAGUUCCCAGGGAUUGUCUAGGUGAAGUUGUCUUUAAUGGAGAACCAGCCAGCCCAGGACCUGAUUCAGACAUGCCCAUGGAGGUAGAUAGCAGUGACAUGAACAACGAUGGCAGUAGGAUGUUGGAUGAUACUGAGGAGCCAUCCACAUCAGAAGAAAAGUUGUAUUUUAUGGACUCGUCUGAUCUGGAUGGUGACAAAGAUGAAGAACCUGUCAGAACAAUCAGUCCUUCAACAAGCAACAAUAUUCCUCUCAUGAGAGUAGUACAGUCUGUCAAGCACACAAAGAGGAAGAGCAGUACAAUGGUGAGAGAAGGUUGGAUGGUCCACUACACCAGCAAAGACAAUCUAAGAAAAAGACAUUACUGGAGGCUAGAUAGCAAGUGCCUUACACUGUUUCAGAAUGACACUGGAGCUAAGUACUACAAGGAAAUCCCAUUAUCAGAAAUCCUGCAGUUGGAUCCACCUCGUGACUUUACAAAUCUGGCUCAAGGCAGCAACCCACACUGUUUUGAGAUCAUUACUGACACUAUGGUGUAUUAUGUUGGAGAGAAUCUUGGAGGCAACUACCAGAAUCACGCCCUGGCAGCCACAGGAGUAGGUUUAGAUGUUGCUCAGAGCUGGGAGAAGGCCAUUCGUCAGGCCUUGAUGCCAGUCACUCCACAAGCCAGCGUGUGCACCGCUGCAGGACAAGGCAAAGAGCACAAAGACCUGUCUCUCAGCAUAUCUGUAUCGAAUUGCCAAGUCCAGGAGAAUGUGGAUAUCAGUUCUGUGUACCAAAUCUUUGCUGACGAGGUGCUGGGUUCAGGGCAGUUCGGAAUAGUUUAUGGUGGAAAGCACAGGAAGACUGGAAGGGAUAUGGCAAUCAAAGUGAUUGACAAGAUGAGAUUUCCCACAAAGCAAGAAAGCCAGCUUCGCAAUGAGGUAGCCAUUCUUCAGAACCUUCAUCAUCCUGGAAUUGUAAAUCUUGAGUGCAUGUUUGAAACUCCUGAAAGAGUCUUCGUCGUCAUGGAAAAACUCCACGGAGACAUGUUGGAAAUGAUUCUGUCCAGUGAGAAAAGUCGGCUUCCAGAGCGUGUCACCAAAUUUUUAGUCACGCAGAUUCUGGUGGCAUUGCGACAUUUACACUUUAAGAACAUUGUACACUGUGACCUGAAGCCUGAGAAUGUACUACUUGCCUCAGCAGAUCCUUUCCCUCAGGUAAAGCUCUGUGACUUUGGAUUUGCUCGUAUUAUUGGUGAGAAAUCAUUCCGACGAUCUGUGGUGGGAACCCCAGCCUACCUAGCACCUGAAGUCCUCCGGAGCAAAGGCUACAACCGGUCACUUGAUAUGUGGUCAGUGGGGGUUAUAAUCUAUGUAAGCCUCAGUGGCACUUUCCCAUUCAAUGAAGAUGAAGAUAUUAAUGACCAGAUUCAAAAUGCAGCAUUCAUGUAUCCACCAAAUCCAUGGAAAGAAACCUCUAGCGAAGCCAUUGAUCUAAUUAACAACCUGUUACAAGUAAAGAUGAGGAAACGCUACAGUGUGGACAAAUCACUCAGUCAUCCUUGGCUACAGGAUUAUCAAACAUGGCUAGAUCUCCGAGAGUUUGAGACCAGGAAAGGAGAGCGUUACAUCACACAUGAAAGUGAUGAUGCAAGAUGGGAGGAAUAUUCCCUGGAACACAAUCUCCAAUACCCUAAACACUUCAUCAUGGCACCGAAUUUGGACGAUAUGGAGGAAGAUCCUUAAUAUAUCAAACUGAACAAACUGCCAUGACUGAUUAACAUCACGACUGUGUUGUGGAAAUGUACGCCACUGGGGUAAAGGAAGCCAAGACUUGUUGCUGCUUGACGUACAGCACAGCCAAAGUGGAUUAGAUAGUGCCCAGCUCUUUACAUCAGUCCAUGUGACAAUAAAGAGGAAUGAUGUAAAUGAAGACUGUGGAAACCUGUAGCAUAUUUCAGUUACACAGGUGCAGACUUGGUGACUGGUGUAUGUGGACAAAGAGGACAAAUGAAUGCUGUGAGCUUUAGAUUUUAAACCAAACAUUCCUUUUCUAGUAUUUAGCUGGUUUAAUACUAUUCACCCAAGUACCUCUCUGGUAACUAGUCACUUUGUACCAAGCCAUAAAUGUAUUUGUUUACUAAAUGCAAAGCUAGAUCAGACAAUCUCUUUUUUUGUAAGUGUUUUAUUUUUAAGAGGUAGAAAGUUACUGCGAAAAAUUGUCCUUUGCAGGACAAGGGCUAUUGCUUGGACCAAAUUCAGUUUAAAUAAGGAUCUCUGCUUACUAAGGUUGGUUGGCACUUUCAGAGUUGAUCAUCAGUUUGUUCCAUUUUGUAUACACGAUUGAGAAAGUAUUACCAUAUGAAGGGUCUCUUAAGAAAUGGCAUUAUCACUUUCAUUGAUUACAUUGUGAAGUUGAUGUCAUUAAGUUACCAAACCUUUCUUGUGUGUAAGUCUUAUAAGAUAAUAUAAAGCUAUAGCAUCUCUUUCCUAAUGCUGAGUAUAACAUUGGCAGACCAAUAUCUCCAGUAGUCGCUCAGUUGCUGAUCCAUUUGUAUUAUGGUUCAAAAUAUAGCAGUCAGUGUUACAAUGAAAUGAUAUUGAUUGGAUUAGAAUGAAGAAAUGGUGCUAAAGGAAGAAUACUGGAGUCCUAAAAUCCACCUACAUCCAGAACCCAUGAUACCAGAUUAAGCUAUAAAUUCUAGAGUGGAACAACGACGCAGCCAGAGGGAACACAGUUUCUGGGAUUUAGUUGGAAACACAUACUAUAUUGCCCUCUUGCCACUAGAAGGCACUGUGGAGACAUUUUUCUUUGAAGGUGCGAAGAAGUCCACUCAUUUAACUCCCAGUGGUGUCUAGUACUGUUGUAAACAACAUAGAUUUGUCUUGUCAUCUGUCUGUGUGAUAGCAGAAGGACAAAUCCCAUCUGUGCGAAGCCCAUUGUUUUCAUUUUUUAACUGUUUUAAGAUGCAGCAGGUCCGUGUUCCGCAAGUUGACAAUGAAUCACUGUUUUGUCAGCUGCUAUCCAUCGGAUUACUGGCAGCAAGAAGUGAAUAAGUGAUAUUCUGUGCCUGCAUCUGAACAAUCAAAUGAAGAUCUUUAUCACAUCAUUCCAACCAGAGAGCAGUAUUAAUGGACAUAGAAGCAAAGAAAAAAUAGUUGAAUGGCCUUGUUAUUUAUGAUACCAAGAAGGUACACAUUGGCAUUACAGACAAAAGCCAUGACAGCACCUGGAUAUGAUGAUUCUUGCCUCUAGUUAUUUGCUUCCUUAUGGUUGAGGCAGUGUAAUUUUUUAGUAGUUGACGCUUUUGACUUCAAACUUCACAUAAGAGCAGUUUGUCUCUGAACUGGUGGGAAAUGGUAGGGCUGGUGUGAUGGGUGUGGGCAGGGAAAGUUUUGCUGUUGUCCUGCUUCUCAAGCUGUUUUAUUAAGAGGAGUUUUACAUGAAAUGUGUAUUUUUAAAACUAUAUAUAGAUGGAGUCUAUGGCACAGCCUUUUUAAAAAAAAACUGUCAGUUCAAACACUUGAGAAAUUUCACAGGCUGAAAUGCAUAACUUGAAGAUAGGCUAUACAAUUUGAAAGAAAACAUGAAAGUGAGUGAUCUCCCCCUCACACAAGCUUGUGCUUAUUUCCUUACUAUAUGCAGUCUGAUGUACAUAAGUGUCUAAUUGACAUUAAAUAGUCCACUCGUACAUGUUUUUAUUCAAAAAUACUUUAUAUUUCCCUCCUGAAGUUGGAAAGCAAUUUUUGUACAUCAUGUAAUUAAAAUUCAACAGUUUGUUUUUAACCAGAUGUGUCCCUUUGAUAAAAUAAAUAUCACAGCAUACAACAGCAAUAUUUUAAGGAUUAGAGAUUAUAGUUGAAAAAUGAAAGAUUGAACAGUAUGUUGAUUGAUGUGCACUCCUAUUAUAAACAGCAAUCAUCUACCAUUUUUCAAUAUUGGCAGGCCUAAAGAUUGGUGAUCUAAAGCUCAUUUUGUCCCCCAACAACACAGACCUGUUGGCAACUAAACCUUUAGUUGUUUAGUAUCAGUACUGUAGCUGUGAGGUUCAACCAAAUCACAGGUAGUAUCAACUAGACUUGGGCAAGUAUCUGGCUAUAUGAGCAGCCUCCCAUUCACAUAAGGCUGAACUGCAGCCACUUCCAUGCGUCGUUUUGUUCCACCACUGGAGACUAAUGAAUGGAUUUGAAAAGUAGAAUUUCUCCAGUAACCAUUUCUAGCAGGGUGUAUUCAUAGCUUCACCAUGUCCAUUGCAAAGUGUGCCUUGAAGCUGAGUUUUCUUUUGUUUGGGAGAGAGAAGUACCCCAUGUUGCCCAAGUUGAUGCAUGCAAGUACUUGCAUGAUAUAUGUUGAUGUUUGCAUGAACCUCAAAUAGUGCAGCAUCAGGAGAAAUCCAGUUUCUCAGUAAUAAAGAGCGUUUGCUACAGUAUUGUUGCAAUUCACAUUUUCGACCUCUGAUUGUAUUUUUUUAUCCACCAAAAGGCCCAGCUUAUUGGAUGCAUGUAAAUCUGAGAACACGGUGAAUUGCUUUCAAUAUUAACAUUACUUUCAAAUAAAAGCCAAAAGAACUGCGGAUGCUGUAAAUCAGGAACAAAAACAAAUUUGCUGGAAAAGCUCAGCAGGCCUGGCAGUAUCUGUGAAGGAGAAAACAGAGUUAACGUU